AUGGCGUAUUUCACCACAUCUCUCCCGUACAAUUCGUGGAAUGACUGUGUCGGAGUAACAAACAUCACGGAGACAUUUUCCACGCCUUCUUCCGAUGGGCGUUUUGGUUUGCGGACGCUUUGCUUGAGCGUUGAGGCGUUCGGCAUAGUUGUCAACUCGGCUUUCCUCUUCGUGGUUUACCGACAUAAGCCACUGCACAACGUCACCAACAUAUACCUCGCCAACUUGGCUGUUGCCGACAUCAUGGUACUGGUUUUUGGCGUGGUGGCAACGAUCCUCAACACUUCGUCUUACCGACCGGUUGAAUGGGUCGGCUGCGCUUACCAAGUGGCGGUCACCCUCUCGUACUUUUCGGAGAGUAUUUUAUCAGGGGAUGGAUGUCGGAUACUACAACCACCGCGGAAGCUGGUGAACAGCGAGACUAGUGCUGAAAUAUGCCGGCUAAUCUACCAAGAGCCCCGGCGCCUUUUUCACAGUGACCUGGUCAAAGUUCUCCCCUUCUUUAUUCUGCUCAUCUUCAACGUUGUGGUGUACUCGCGGAUCAUCAGGGCACUCCGAAGAAGCUUCUUGAUCCGUCACUCCAAGUCCAACCGGCAGCAAGUCAUAUCAAGUCCCCGGUGGAUAAAGAACAUUCGGAGAUCGCGAGUCCGGAUCACAAGGAUGCUGGCAAUCAACACGAUCGUGUUUUUCAGCUGCAAUCUCAUGAUGGCAGUGCUGGUAAUAGCUUCUUACAUCCAAAACGUCUUGGGCACCGAGCUGAGAUUUCUUGAAGACGACCAGGCCACCGUCUAUUCCUAUGCCUUGCUGCUCUUCAACUCAAGCAUCAAUCCGCUGGUGUACGUCUUAACCAAUGAGUCAUACAGGCAGGGAUUCUGGGAUGCCUUCAUGCCUUGCUGGCGUCACCCAAAGCCGGUCAACAAACCUGCAGUGUUCAAUCUCCAAAUCAUAUGA